AUGGAGGGAAAAUUUGAGAAAGGACAGUUGGUUUGGGCAAAGAUUAAAACUUAUCCAUGGUGGCCAGCAAUUGUAUUAUUAACUUAGAUUGAUAAAAUUGAAAAAGUAAAUGCUGCAGAGCCUGAUGAAGAGCCAGAAUACCAAGAAGAAAUCACUGUAAAGUUUAUAGGAGAAAAUACGCAGUAAGCUUAAAUUAGUGCUACUCUUUGCUCUGAAGAUAUUAAUGACUAUCAAGAGACUUAUAAUGAGCAUUGCAUUGUUAAGCAAAAAGUAUUGGCUAUUUAGAAACUAAAAAAUUGCAUUUUAAUAGCAGACAAAAUUGCUUCGAAAGAAAUUGACUAUUCUAAGCUUCCUGAAAUUAAUACCAAUUUGGGGGCUUUUAUUGAAAAAAUCAUGAACAAGCAAGAAAAGAGUAGAUCAUCGUCGUCUGAGACAGAGUCUGAUGAAGAACCAAAGCCAAAAAAGAACCAAAAAGUAGAGGAUCCAGAAGAUAAUGGAGGUAAAAAGCUGAAAGAAAUAAAUAAGCAGAUAAAGGAAAAUUCUAUGAAUUUGCCUUAAUGUGAUAAAAAAUUAGGAAUAAUGAUAUUCUUAUUAAAUGACUUAAAAUUUUAAUAUAAAAUGAUCAGGGCCUUAUUCCUAUAGAAUUUAGAAUAAUUUCAAAAUAAAUAGCAUGCAUCUCUUUUUAAUUGUUAAUAUUAUAUAAAAAUCCAUUUAUUGAUAAAAAUAGCAUAGAUAUAAAAAUGACACAAAGCGAUAAAAAUAAUGAGCACGGCAGAAAAAGAGAGAUCGAAAAUAUCAAUGCAAAACUUAGCGAAUUAUCUAGUGGAUUAUCAACAUAUUUAAAUAGCGAAGAAAAUAAAGAAGAAGCAAAAGAGCCGAUUUGCCCUAUUGAUGAUUUGUGUGACCAUUUAGCUUAUUUAAUUUAGGACAGUAUGUAUUGAAAUGGCAUGGCGGAUCGGCUCAUCUUCUUAAUUCCUGCAGCUAUCUUCUCACGGGGUACGCGGCGACCUUGAGGAAUGGAGGAUAGCGCUUAGGAAAGUGUAAAAGGCUAGGUUUACCUGGCUUGUGAAGAGCAACGUCGAUUAACCAAUGCUUGCUUUACUUCAAUGCCGAGUUUUUGCCUAAGUGGGAGAUGGAUCUGGAAGUUGGAAAGGGUUUCCCAGCAAAGUCAGUUUUGGUAAAUCCUGAUUAUUCCCCAACAUAAAGUCAGGGACUACAGAUUUUAUCUUCGCCGAGAGUCGACCAGAAAAUUCAACCCUUUUGAAUUUUUAAUGGCCUACAAUCCUGCUGAUGUACGGCACGGCGACGCGACUCACCCAACUACCUGGUAGCGAGUGCACACCCUUGUCCGGCAGGAGUCACCUUCGCGACGUCGUGAAACGCAAGCUGGUGAGCAGGUGGGGAAGCGUUACGGGUGGAGAUAGUCCUUGUAGAAUUCAGCUAGCUUUUCGAUAAGUCUUAAUAGCAUAGCAUAACAUUUAAUUCAGAACAACCCUGAAAAUACUGUUUUAGAAUCCUCUAAAAUACUAAAAACUUUAAAGUUGUUUAGAGCAAAAUAUACAGAAAAUUCCAAUCAAAAUCUAAGAAUUUUGUCUGAAAUUUGUUAUAAAUUGUAUCUGUUUUGGAAAAAGUGUAUAAUUAAUGAAAAAAUUAAAAAUUCAGUCAGCCCUCCAGCUCCUCCCACUCCAAAGCCAGCUCGAAAACCAAAAUCAGAUACCAAGCCAAAAGAAACCCCUAAAAACUCUGCAGCAAAACCUGCUGUAAAACCGCCAUCGAAAUCCGCCAAAAAGCCCUCAAAACCAGUUGAAAAAGAAGAAACCAAAGAACCCCAAAAACCAUCUCCAGAAGAUACGACUGAUUGACCACUAGCUCACUCCUUGAUUAGCGAAUAAAUUUUUGGCUCGCUAUUUUUCUAAUUUUAUAUUAAAUAAAAACAAUUUUCAGAAUUUAUUUGUACAUAUUUAUAUAAUGUGUGCUUUCGGGGGGCUAGGUUCUAAAUUUUAAAUAUAUUUUGCUUGAGAUUCAUUAUUUUAAUUAAUUUAAAAUCCAAAAAGAUAUUGCCGAUAAUUUAAAAGGGAGUAAGAAAAAAAGUCUGCAGAAAACUCGCCAAAAUAAUCACAGAAAGGGGACUCCUCAAGGCUCAAUCUCAAGACUAUGCUUUAGACCUCGAAAAAAAAUUACGAGAGAAAGACCCUCAAAUGAAAACUAAGUAUAAAGAAGCUUUUAUCAAUUUGCGUGCAAAAUUAUCAAGCCCAGACAAAGAGAUCGAAAAAAUAAUUUCAGAGUUUCAAUAA